UGUUUUUUAUCCAUUGCUGCUACUGCAAGAGCUAUCUGCAAAUAAUGCAUUCUGCGUGAUAGCGCCGGGUGUGCAAAUUCAGCAAAACCCCACAAGGAAACAGGUCCACCUGACACCACCCCGGCAUCAACUAUAAUGCCAUGAUACGGCAUUUUAACUCAUCUUGGUUCUGCAGUCGGUCAGGGCACCUAUGGCUUUGACGCUAAGCUUUGUGUGCUUCAUGUGAAAUCUACCGCAUGACUGCUUUAUUGCACUCACGCUACAUGAGAGGCCAAACUGAUUGGGUAUGGUUUUUAGAAAGCGCGUUAUUUUACCCUGCUGCAAAGCAUAUGCGGGGUUUAUGGUAGUAACUACGUUUAAAAUCAUCUUCCUGCCAAAAGGCUGUUGUGGGUUGUUGGAAGGCCUCUGGAGGAAGGACUCUGUGAAGAUACUUUGGGGGAUAUUUAUUUGGGGAUAGUUAUUCUGAGUACAGCCGAGUGUGCUGUUACGCACCUAGCGUUGUGUGUGCAAUCAUUUGUGCAACGCCUGUCUCGUCAGUGCUGCUUCAGAGACGCUGGCCAAAGUCAGGGACCCUUUGAGCUAAGCUCGGUACUUCUGCAAAAUAAUAAGCUGCUCAAGCCUUGAGCAACAGCAAAGCUAGGGCUGGAGCCCAGGCCCCGAAGGCUUACGCCAGGUAUUCCCCCGGCUACCAGAGCCUGCCAUGUCACGGGAUGUGUGCAUGCACAUCAGAUACGCCAUUGCGCACGCAACUUUUUUCUGCCAAGCUGGCUCUUGCAAACCGUCUGUCUACGCUCUGUAACUCAAAGGGGCCAGCUUCUUUCGAGCCAAGAAGCCAAGUCUGAGUGCUUUCAUGUGCAGACGGCAGGCGUGCAGGCAGGGAGCCCAGCGCGUAGGCCUGCGCCGGCGGUGAGUCAUUGCAAGCCUGCCUGCUUGUGCGGCCAUGGAAAUGCUCCUUCCGUUCUUGUGGUGCGUGUUUACUUCUGUAUUUUGUGGGUAAAUAUUUGCACCUUGCUCUGGCCCAGCUUGCACUGGCCUGACGGGGGAAGUGCAUCUCUGCUCUGGCCCCGUCCUCAGCUCAGCCGUUCCGUGCCUGCGCCUUCGCAGACAGGGUCCCCCUAAAACCCUCGCCCUCGGGUCGGGCGCCCUGCGCGCCCAUGAGGACGUGCCUCCAGGCAGGGCUCGCUCCCCGCUGCGGCCGGGGCGAGCAGCGCGCUCCUUCCUUCCUCGUGCCUUUGCCUCCGGCAGCCUCGCCAGAGAUAGUUUCCUCCACCUUGUCAUAUCAAGAGCUGGAAGAAGGUCACUGAGCCAAUGCGAAACUAGACACCAGAUGCUGAUAGCAUCCGCACUUGUGAAAAUUUGGCACAGAUUUGGGUUGUGGUCGUGCAUACACUAGUUCCCUUCUGCGUCAGUCAGGAGUUAAUAACUGCACAUGAUGUUACAGUCGCUGAGAGUAGAGACAGAGUUGGGGGAGGUCUUCAGGGCUCACCCCCCACCCCGUCCAGCCCCUGGGCAGCACUGACUCAACAUGAAGUAUCCUUGAAGACCUCAGGCAACUCCCCACCCUCCUUGGGAGACCCACACAGCGCUUUUCCGUCCUCACCGAGGAAGCUCCCUGAUGCAGACUGACCCUUCGCUGCAGCAGCUAAAGCCCAUUGCUCUUUGUUGUCCCCUUAGUAGGGAGACGGAAUAAUAUAUUCCCUGCUUCUCUGAAGGAGCUGUUCAUGUAUUUGGAGACUGUGCUCAUGUCUUCCCUUAAUGGAGACUAAUUUGCGUCUCUUCACAUUUGCAUGGCUACAGAUGAACGAGUUAUACCUCCGUUUGUGGACAUCCACAGACACUGGUUCGUGAGCAUGCCAGCUCCUUGGACACCAGUUCUUGCUGCCGUUCCCGAGCAUGAGCUCAAAUGGGUUGCGUUCACCUGGUCAUCCAAAAUUCUGGUUUUCUCUGCAAAGGGUUCCCUGUACUGAGAGCAGGAGAGUGAAUUGGGUUUCCUACUGUGAUUGCCCCUGCCCAGCCAUGAUUCAGCCUCCUUUCACCCCGCUCUCCAUGUGCUGCCAGAAGCAAUUAACCUCUGUCAGUUCCUAGAAGCAGUUGCUUUUAGGGUUUUCGUGGUAUUUCAGACACACCCUUUGCAUUUUUCUUAUUCCCCUUUUUACAGAUUGCAGAAGGAAUGGCUUUUAUUGAGAAGAGGAACUACAUCCACAGAGACUUGAGAGCUGCCAACAUUUUAGUCUCAGCAAUACUGGUGUGCAAGAUUGCAGACUUCGGACUGGCCAGAAUCAUUGAGGACGAUGAGUACACGGCCCGGGAAGGUGCCAAGUUUCCCAUUAAAUGGACCGCCCCAGAAGCCAUCAACUAUGGAUCUUUCACUAUCAAGUCAGACGUCUGGUCCUUUGGGAUCCUCUUGACUGAGAUCAUUACCUACGGGCGCAUCCCAUACCCAGGGAUGUCAAGCGUGGAGGUGAUCAGGGCCCUGGAUCACGGGUACCGGAUGCCACGCACAGAGAACUGCCCUGAAGAGCUGUAUGACAUUAUGAUGAGAUGCUGGAAGACUAAACCAGAGGAUCGUCCUACCUUUGAGUACGCACAGAGCGUUCUGGAGGAUUUCUUUACUGCAACGGAGGGCCAGUAUCAGCACCAGCCAUAACGCAGAGAGCUCGGUGAAGGCAGCAGAUACUUGCGCACCAUGCAUACUGCACUACUGACAGCACCCAUGCGCACGCUGUUCUUCCCUGUCCUGUUCCCGAUGUUCCCAUGUGCACCUUUCUCAUCUAUCAGCCUAGAAACCAAAGACAUCCUGACGUGGCUUCAUGGGACCCGGUGCCAGAAUGAACCAGAGUCCAGGUCAGCCUCCCUGGGCUGUGUGACCGAUGGAUUAGCUGAGCAUGCUCAUUCCUUGUGCCUCCUGCAGAUGCAAGACUGUCGGGAAAGACCUACUCCAGGAAGCGCUCGGUGGAUGGCAUUUAACUGGGGUUGUAGCGCAAUGCAAGGAGGGCGUGUGGUGUGCCUACUUUGGAUAAGAGGGAAAAAAAAAAAGUUUUAUUUUGAUUCUUCAGCAAUCUUAUCGUGCCAGUUUGUAGAAGUAGCUACUUCACCUGCCACGUGCUGGCUGCAAUGGCACUCUAUUCCAGUGAGCAUCUGCUGUACGGUCCCGAGCGCCUGCUGUUCCCGGCCCCUCGCGCUUGCGCGGAAGCUCUGCCUCGGUGUACCUGCGCUUCCGCAGUUCCUCUUGUCACUUGUCAUCGCCUCAGGGGCCUUUUCCGAACGCCAAGCGUCACAGAAGCAUGUUUCCUUCCAAGCCCCCCUGGCCAUCCUUUCUGAGCGUUUCUCAUGAUACUUCUUCCUCUGCGGAGCGAGUUCUCAGCAAGUCUCCUGACUGAGGGGGACAGCGAGUACCGUUAGGAUGGGAACGGACGUGGUGCUUUACAAC